CGCCUGGUCCUCGUUCCAGCCCUAGAUGGUGGAACGACUACGGUCCCGACUCCCUUGUGUUGCCCUUCAACAUGCGGGUAGAAAAACGGUCCCCAUCCCCUCCGCUAGGUUCUUGAUGGCCGGUUAUGCUCUAUGCUCACUGACGACCUCGAUUGAAGCCUUGGCAAGCUUCUGCUAAGCUUACCUAGUAUUCUUCAGCAGCAAGGUCGGUCCAGGUGAACGUGCUCAUCAUCUCAGUAGUAGUACUCCAACCAUGGCGAAACCAAGAACAGCGCAACAUGCGCUGUUCUUUACACUGCUGUUGUUGCUUCUCUCAGGAUGGACGGCCGCCAAAACCGUCACAUAUGACUUCAAUGUCAGCUGGGUGAACGCCAAUCCAGAUGGACUGGCCGAACGCAAAGUUAUCGGCAUCAACGGACAAUGGCCGCUGCCCGUCAUCGAAGUCGACAAGGGCGAUCGCUUGGUGGUCAACAUGUACAAUGGCCUCGGCGACAAAAAUGCCAGCAUUCACUUUCACGGCAUGUUCCAGACCGACACCAGCAACAUGGAUGGCCCUUCGAUGGUCACUCAAUGCCCAGUUCCUCCGGGCUAUAGCUUCACCUACAAUUUCACCGUCAACCAGAACGGCACUUACUGGUAUCACUGCCACACCGAGUUCUGCUAUCCAGACGGCUAUCGUCAAGCAUUGAUUGUGCAUGACAGCGAAGCAUACUUCAACGACCAGUACGACGAGGAGUUUACCAUCACAAUCAGUGACUGGUAUCACGAUAUUGUCGAAGACAUCCGGUUUUUGUCGCUCUACAACCCUACCGGUGCCGAACCCGUGCCCAACUCCUUCCUGUUCAAUGAUACUCAAAACUCCAGCCUUGCAGUCAAGCCCGACACGACAUAUCUGAUACGAUUGAUCAACAUUGGAGCCUUUGUGGGGCAGUUCUUCUAUAUCGAGGACCACACCUUCAAGAUCGUCGAGAUUGACGGUGUCUACACCGAACCCACAGAGGCCGAGACUUUGUACAUUUCCGUCGCCCAGAGGUACUCCAUCCUCCUCACCACCAAGAACUCCACCGACAAGAACUACCCAAUUGUCACUGUGGCCGACUCCGACCUCCUGGAUGUCAUUUCUCCAGACCUCCAGCUCAACAACACCAACUGGCUUGAAUACGAUGCCGACGCCGCCCAUCCACAGGCCGUUAUGCGCGUCGAUGCCUCUUCCGAAAUCUUCCCCUUCGACGACAUCACGUUAGUUCCACACGACCAUAUGGAACUCCUGCCCGAACCGGACCACGAGAUCAACGUCACUGUCAUCAUGAACAAUUUGCGCAACGGUUUCGGCUAUGCAUUCCUGGACGACAUCAGUUAUACACCGCCCAAAGUCCCCACCCUCUACACUGUCAUGUCCGCCGGAAAACUAGCCACCAACGAGGCUGUCUACGGCGAAUUCACGCACCCGAUGGUCCUCAAGCAAAACGAGGUCGUCCAACUCGUCCUGAACAACAACGACGGCGGCGCCCACCCUUUCCAUCUCCACGGACACAAUUUCCAAGUCAUCGACCGCGCCCCUGCUUACGGCGAACACUUUUACGACUAUGUCGACAUCGACCCGGUGCCCUACGAUCCUUCCAACCACUCCGCCUUCCCAGCCAUGCCGGCUCGCCGAGAUACAUUUGUCGUCCCACCCAAUGGGUACUAUGUCAUCCGCUUCGUCGCCGACAACCCCGGCGUCUGGAUGUUCCACUGCCACAUCGACUGGCACUUGGCGCAAGGUCUUGCCAUGGUCUUGAUCGAGGCGCCCGAGGUGAUCCAGCAGACCCACAAGAUCCCGCAGCAACAUUACGACGUCUGUCGCGCGGCUGGCAUGCCGAUCGAGGGCAAUGCAGCAGCGAACACGGAAGAUUACCUGGACCUGUCGGGCCAGAACAAGCAGGAGCCAUCCUUACCGGGCGGGUUCACUGCUCGUGGUAUCGUGGCAUUGGUGUUCUCGUGCAUCAGUGCCGUGCUCGGUAUGGCGUUCAUCACCGUCUACGGUCUUUCGGAGCCUAAGGUGCUGCAAAAGGACUCGCAGUCUGAUGAUGCGGAUGAAGUCACGCAUCAGAGUGUGCCUGCUGGUGGUGCCGAGCCGAAAAUAGUCGUCGCCCAGCGGUAGAUAUGUAAUGGGCCCAUGAUUUGUAUGUUUAGAUGUUUCGUUCGCAGCAAGUUGAGUUCGGAUUUGUACACUGCCGUUGAAGCUGGUUCCAGAUUGAAGACCGCCUUGGUCAAGGCUUAUGCUCGCCGUAUUUACAGUCUUCUGCAAUCAGCUAGCACUCUACCCUAGCGGACCUAGUUGACUGUCCGCUUCUGAUCUUCUUCGGGAGGACGACGACAACCACCACCACCACCACCACGACAUGAUGCCACGUGAUACGGAGAAGUCAUGGCGUUCAAACGGAAGGUUCUCCGGGGCCUCCAACCUCGGAAUCUUCCGUCGUACAGUAGUUGAAUCUUCUCUACACACCUUCACAUACGACGAUGUUCUUCU